CUCCAGCUUUAAAAACAAUCUCGAAACGUCAGACCAGUAACAGAGGCAAGAGGGAGCAACGGAAUAUUAUUUUGUAACGCGCUCCUCCAUCUCUUGCUAAACUAUAGAUUAUACUAGCGACUCAGUUGAACGCGAAUUGGAUUCUCCGCUAUACCUUAUCCGAGUCGAUAGCACACACAGGGCAAUCCUCGAACAUGACUUCAUAUUUCUUAGCGUGUCUGCUGUGCUUGCUUUCCACGCAUCUGGUAUCUUCCUCCGGAGUGUUUGAAUUGAAAGUUCAUUCCUUUACAAGCUCCCGAGGCGUCUGCAGUAACCCUCGGGAGUGUCGGAUCUUUUUCCGGGUCUGUCUGAAGCAUGCCCAGGCUGUCAUCUCCCCCGAGCCGCCCUGCACCUACGGAACCGCCUUGACCGAAAUCACCUCGGCCGACCAGAGCUCAGUCUCCCGCACCGCGUCUAUCCGAAUCCCCUUCCACUUCAAAUGGCCGGGAACCUUCUCGUUUAUUAUUGAAGCUUGGAACGCAGAAUCUGCGGAACAGUCCACAGAAAACCCAUCCAAUCUGAUCAGUCGCUUGGCAACCCGUCGAAGACUGGCAGUUGGCGAGGACUGGGCUCAGCACGUCCACUUUGGGGAGCAGAGCGAGCUGCGCUAUUCCUACCACGUCCUUUGCGAUGACCACUACUACGGCGACAGCUGCUCGGACUACUGCCGGCCCAGAGACGACACAUUCGGCCACUACACUUGCGACGAAGCCGGGAACCGCGCUUGUCUGACCGGGUGGAGUGGCGAAUACUGCUCAGAACCCAUCUGUGUGUCUGGGUGCAGCGACAACCACGGUUUCUGCGAGCGCCCCGGCGAGUGCAAGUGCCGCAUCGGGUGGCAGGGGAGCCUCUGCGACGAGUGCGUGCGCUACCCCGGCUGCCUCCACGGGACCUGCGGUCAGCCCUGGCAGUGUAACUGUCAGGAAGGCUGGGGCGGUCUCUUCUGCAACCAGGACCUGAACUACUGCACCAACCACCGGCCCUGCCGUAACGGAGCGACCUGCACCAACACGGGCCAGGGCAGCUAUACCUGUACCUGCAGCCCGGGCUUCAGCGGCACCAACUGCGAGAUGGAGACAAACGAGUGCGAUAGCAACCCGUGCAAGAGCGGGGGCAGCUGCAAUGAUCUUGAAAACGAUUACACCUGCACCUGCCCGCAAGGAUUCUACGGCAAGAACUGCGAGAUCAGCGCCAUGACCUGCGCGGACGGGCCCUGCUUCAACGGGGGCACCUGUGUGGAGAAGCCCGCGGGGGGGUACUCCUGCCGCUGCCCGGUAGGUUACAUGGGCUCCAACUGCGAGAAGAAGAUCGACCGCUGCACCAACACCCCCUGUACCAACGGUGGCCAGUGUCUUGAUCUGGGGCGCAGCAUGCUGUGCCGCUGCCGGCCAGGCUUCACCGGCCCGCGGUGCGAGAUCAACAUUGACGACUGUGCCCGGACCCCGUGCAGGAACGGGGGCACCUGCAUGGAUGGCAUCAACGACUACACCUGCAGCUGCACGCUGGGCUACUCCGGCCGUGACUGCUCCCUGCGGUCCGACGCCUGUGGCUCGGCCCCCUGCCAGAACGGAGGCACCUGCUACACCCACUUCAGCGGCCCCGUGUGCCAGUGUCCCUCCGGCUUCAUGGGCCCCAGCUGCGAGUACAGCCUGCGGCCCAGCACCUCCCCAGAGGACCCAGGGGACCCCUUCCCAGUGGCCCUCGCCGUGUCCUUCUGCCUGGGGCUGGUCACCCUGGUCCUGGUGGUCUGCGCCGCGGCUGCCGUCCUGCGGCAGAUGAGGAAGAGCCAGCUUGGAGAGUCUGUGCGCAGCGGCCUGGAGACCAUCAAUAACUUAUCCCAGUUCCCCCGCGACAAGGGGGGCUUGGCCAUCCCCGGGAGCCCCUUCAAGGUGACCAACAAGGACGCAGAGCUGAGCGCAGAGGACAAGGCGGGAUACAAGCAGAAGCUGGUCGACUGCAACCUGGCCGAGGGCAAUAAGCAGCAGCACCAGCAGGGGCAGACUCUGAAGCAGGGCAGCAAAAAGUCCGAUCUGUUCAUCUCCAUACCUCCCUUUGCGAAAGAGCCUGCCUACCGGCCAGUUUACAUCAUUCCCGAGCACAUGGAGCAGUGUGUCUUUGCAACAGAGGUUUAAGAAGGAAGUUUCUUUUGAUUGACACCAGGAUGUUGCUGGGAAAUGUUUACAUUCAGAAUGGACAUCAAAUGUUUUUAUAAAUCGUAUUU